AUGUACUUCUUCCUCCUCAACCUCUCCCUCCUCGACCUGGGCUCCAUCUCCACCACUCUCCCUAAAGCCAUGGCCAACUUGCUCUGGGACACCAGGGCCAUCUCCUACCAAAGCUGUGCUUCUCAGGUCUUUUUCUUUUUUCUUCUGAUCUCGGCAGAAUUUUAUCUCCUCACCGUCAUGGCCUACGACCGCUACGUUGACAUCUGCCAACCCCUGCACUACGGGACCCUCCUGGGCAGCAGAGCUUGUGUCCACAUGGCAGCAGCUGCUUGGGGCGGUGGGUUUCUCAAUGCUCCUCUGCACACUGCAAAUACAUUUUCCCUACCACUCUGCCAUGGAAAUGUGGUGGACCAGUUCUUCUGUGAAAUCCCCCAGAUCCUCAAGCUCUCCUGCUCAGGCAUGUACUUCAGGGAGGCCGGGCUUAUUGUGAUUAGUGUCUGUGUAGCAUUGGGGUGUUUUGUUUUCAUUGUGCUGUCCUAUGUGCAGAUCUUCAGGGCCGUGCUGAGGAUCCCCUCUGAGCAGGGACAGCACAAAGCCUUCUCCACAUCCCUCCCUCACCUGGCUGUGGUCUCUCUGCUUGUCAGUACUGGCUUGUUUGCCUACCUGAAGCCCCCCUCCAUCUCCUCCCCAACCCUGGACCUGGUGCUGUCCGUUCUGUACUCAGUGGUGCCUCCUGCAAUGAACCCCCUCAUCUACAGCAUGAGGAACCAGCAGCUCAAGGAUGCAGUUCGGAAGCUGAUGACUAGAUUUUUUUUUAGAAGCAAUAUACUGCCCAUCUUCUUCUCCUUAUCACUCCUGGUGCAGGACAGCAGCAGGGCUGAGGACUCUGUGACUCAGAGCCUGCCGUACCUGGAGGACGACCAGGUCACCUUGCGAGAGGCGGCCGUCAGGUUCCUCGCACUCCUCCAGCGACCAAAACGAACAGCAACUGUAUUCCAGCCCCAACCAGGACAGAAGACACAGGGUAAAAGGAGGAGGAAGAAGAGCAGGAGCAAGAGGAUGAACAGGAGGAAGAACAGAAGGAUGACGAUGACAGAACCAGAGGAGGAGGAGGAAGAGGAAGAACAAAGAGAAGGCUGA